UCGCUGCUGACCCAGGCGAGCACCCUCAUGUCCGUGCAGCCUGAGGCCGACGCCCAGGGCCAGCCUGCCCCCAGCAAGGGGCCACCCAAGAUCGUCUUCAGUGAUGCCAGCAAGGAGGCUGGCCCGAGACCCCCAGGCUCAGGGCCCGGGCCUGGGCCUGCAGCUGGAGCCAAAGCUGAGCCUGCAGCCAGGGCAGGUGCCGCAUCAGGGCCCGGAGCCCCGGCGAGAACUGGGGGGACACCCAGCCCAAAGCAUGGCCGAGCAGAACAGCAGGCAGUGCCCAAGGCUGCUGCCAAGCCAAAGACCAUGCCGAAGGACAGGCCCACCUGCCCACUGUGCCAAGCCGAGCUCAACGUGGGCAGCAAGGGCCCAGCCAACUACAACACCUGCACCGCCUGCAAGCUCCAGGUGUGCAACCUCUGUGGCUUCAACCCGACACCCCACCUGGUGGAGAAAUCCGAGUGGCUCUGUCUGAACUGCCAAACUAAGCGACUGCUGGAGGGCAGCCUAGGGGACCCCCUGCCCACCAAGGCCAGCCCCCAAGCAAAGCCCCUCAGGGCUUCUGAGCCCAGCAGGACCCCGAGCAGUGCCCAGGAAAAGAAGACGGGACCCCCGGCCAAAGCGGAGCCUGUGCCGAAACCACCUCCAGAGACUGCCCUGCCCCCUGGGACUCCUAAGGCAAAGGCCGGGGCGCGGAGGACCGAGCCCGCCACCCCCGCCGUCAAGGCUGCUCCAGAAGCCCCCAAGGGUGGGGAGGCCAAGGUCAGUGCCACUCGCUUCGUGGGGACCCUAACUCAGGUGCACGUCUAG